AUGGAUAACUUUCCUGGUUUCCAGCUCUCCCGGGACGAGUUGCAGCGUCGCCACGUUCAGCAGCGCAAUCAGAGACGCGCCACCAACUCCGGGAUGAACCAGCCGCCUCAGCUUGCUCAUUCCAUCUCCGUCGACCAGGACGGUCCCAUCGUCGGCGCCGACAGCCUAGACGACAUCAUUCGAAACAACCAUCACGAACUGCACAGGCGUCGCAGCCUCCCACAGCAGCCGUACCCGGGUGCCAUCUCCCCCUCUGAUGCCGACCGUCGCCUGUCCAUGAUGGAGUUCAACAACGGCCCUGUGCCUGAGUACCAGUUUGGCGUCAUGGGCUCUCCCAUGGUCUCCAUGCCUGGUACCUUCCCCAACAUGAACCACAACAUGACCAUGCCUGGCACAUCUGGCAAUUUCUCUCCUCAGGGCAUGCUGGCCCCCGACUUCUCUGGCGCCACUUCUGACAUGUUAGGCAAUAUGAUCGCCCUUCAAAAUAUGAACAUGGGCCAGCUUGUCGACCCCACCACCAUGAACAUGUUCUCAACUGGCAUACCUUCUGCUUACUCGCAGUCCUCCAUCGACCCAAUGUCAUCCGGUCUGUCCAUGGACAUGGGCGGCGGCAGCAGCAACGAGACCGGGCAGUCCGGUCCCGUCGCCAAACGGGCCAAUACUGGCGGCAUGUCUGUCGAUGGCUCCGACGCACUGCUGCUGAACACCACUCAAUCCUACAUGCUCACUCCACAGCAGGACCAAUCCCAGCCUGUAUCCAGUCUCGAUAGUCCGUCGGGCAAUUUUCCAACCAACAUAUCUCCACAUUCACAAGCCCGGCUGUCCUCCUUGCCCAGCACGGCAGCGGCCACGCCGAGUUAUUCCAACUACCAAUCACCCUUGCCGGCAAUGUCCGGGGCCGCCGGGACAGUCGACAUCCCCCAAAGCCAGUUUCAGCCGGCACCGGAUGCAGUGGGCAGCCCGCCGCCCCAACCCCUCGAGCAGAAGACAAUCUAUUCCAAGAGCGGCUUCGAUAUGCUCAAGGCACUGUGGCUCGUGGCCACUCGGAAAACCCCCCAGGUGAAUCUGGGCGCCGUGGACAUGUCGUGCGCAUUCGUUGUGUGCGACGUAACCAUGAACGACUGCCCCAUCAUCUAUGUCUCGGACAACUUUCAGAACUUGACUGGUUACAGCCGCCACGAGAUCAUCGGCCAGAACUGCCGCUUUCUCCAGGCCCCGGAUUCAAAGGUCGAAGCCGGGACCAAACGCGAGUUCGUUGACAAUGGCGCAGUAUAUAACUUAAAGCGAAAAAUUGCCGAGGGCAAGGAGGUCCAGCAAAGCCUGAUUAACUAUAGAAAGGGCGGCAAACCGUUCCUCAACCUCCUGACCAUGAUCCCGAUUCCUUGGGACACGUCUGAAAUACGCUACAUUGUGGGAUUUCAGAUUGAUCUGGUGGAAUGCCCAGAUGCCAUAUCGUCGGCUCAGGAAGCUGGCUCCAUGCAGGUAAGCUACAAGCACAGCGACAUUGGUCAGUACAUAUGGACGCCGCCUGCAUCUUCGCAGUGGGAGCCAGAGACGGGGCAAACACUUGGCGUCGACGACGUCUCGACUCUCCUACAACAGUUCAAUCCCAAGGGUGCCGCAUCGGACUGGCAUCGGCAAUCUUGGGACAAGAUGUUGCUGGAGAAUGCCGACGACGUUGUCCACGUCUUGUCUCUGAAGGGGCUGUUCCUAUACCUCUCGCCCUCGUGCAAGCGGUUACUUGAAUAUGACUCGACCGAACUCGUCGGCAGCUCCAUUUCGACCAUUUGCCACCCGUCUGAUAUUGUACCUGUUACGCGCGAGCUCAAAGACACCACGACGGGCAACACUGUCAACAUUGUCUUUCGAAUUAGGCGGAAGCAGAGCGGAUAUACUUGGUUCGAGAGCCAUGGCUCGCUCUUUGUCGAGGCCGGCAAGGGGCGCAAAUGCAUUAUUCUGAUAGGACGAAAGCGCCCCGUCUUUGCACUGCAACGCCGCGACCUCGAGGCGCAUGGCGGCAUUGGGGAUAGCGAGCUGUGGACCAAGCUUUCCACGUCGGGCAUGUUCCUAUUUGUGUCAUCCAAUGUUCGGUCACUACUUGACUUGCAGCCGGAUCAUCUAGUGGGCACCAGCAUACAAGAACUGAUGCGCCGAGAGUCGCGCCCCGAGUUUGGCCGUACAAUAGAAAAGGCUAGACGCGGAAGAACCGUCACGUGUAAACAUGAAGUUCAAAACCGGCGAGGUCAGGUGCUCCAGGCGCAUACAACGCUCUAUCCCGGCGAUGCCUCCGAGGGCCAGAAGCCAACCUUUCUGCUGGCUCAGACCAAAUUGCUCAAGGCUUCGUCGCGCUCGAGCGGCCAAAACACUGGGCCGCUGAGCAAACCUGGCUCUGGCUCUGCCUUGAACGAUCCUAAUUCGUCGAUCAAUCAGCCCACCGCGGCAAUCACGAGCCCCCAACCAGGCGGCGGCCUCGUGUCGGCGGCUGGAGGGGGCGACGUGCCUCCGGGAACGCAAGAUGUCGCCCUCGCCUCUGACGACAAUAUUUUCGACGAACUCAAGACCACACGGUGUACGAGUUGGCAGUACGAGUUGCGACAGAUGGAAAAGGUCAACCGUGUCCUAGCAGAGGAGCUUCACGGUCUGCUCUCAAAUAAGAAGAAGCGUAAGCGCAGGAAAGGAGUCGGCAAUGUUGUACGCGACUGCGCCAACUGUCAUACUCGCAACACGCCGGAAUGGCGACGAGGACCUAGUGGUCAAAGGGACUUGUGCAACAGCUGCGGUCUUAGGUGGGCUAAGCAGACAGGCAGGGUCUCUCCGCGGAAUUCAUCGCGUGGUGGCAACGAUGCGGCGAGCAAGAAGUCUGCUUCGCCGGUGCAUGCGUCUCCCCUCACGAGGGAAGUUUCGGCGGGCGAGAUGAGCGAGCAGCCGUCCGAGACGGACUCGGCAGGCACCGCCAACCGGUCACUGAGCUCGGGCGCCGGGCCUACCACCAGCGCGGGCACUACGCCGACAGCAGCAAAGGGGCCCUCCAAGCCGCCUUUGAGCCAGCCACUUCUGGAGGGUGGUGCCGACGGAGGUCAAAUGGCAUCAAUCCGGGAGGAACGCGAGGCCAGUGCUUGA